AUGAUCCUGAAAUUACUUGGCCAUUUCCUUCCAGAAUUUGUCGCUGAUCUUUUUUUUGUGACUUUGCUUUUGGGCUCAAUUGGUGCCAUAUUCAUUGUGCGAUGGAUGAGCGACAGAAGGACCACAAUGAGAAUCGAGCGAGCACGGACAUUGCGAGACAAUGGUCUGGGGAUGAUGGAAAAACUGAGAAAUCGUCACAAGCCCCAGGUAUAGCAAGCGAGAGUUGGAGAUCUUAAAAAUAUCAAUGACUGCUUACAAUGUCUACCGGCCUUCCCACUCCACUUUUCUCCCCUAAAAGUGUAGGCAAUAGGGUUCUGUAUACAGACAGGAUUAUUAGUUUUACGUGAGACAUAAUUAGGAGGGAAAAAAAAGUCACAGUGUUAUUUACUAAAUUGAGAAUUCAAAGUGAAGUCCAAAAUAGCAGAACUGAAAGCGUAGCUGAUUGGAGAAUUUUUCCAGUUGGAAUAUUUUAGCCUUAAAUUUACUUGAGCUGUUGACACGUCUCACUUUAGUUUAUAAUCCUAAAAGUAAUUUUGAAGCAAAGUUAUAGAGACCCUAUUGUGGUUCCCAUAGUGACAGCUUCACUAUGAGAAUAUUGCACCACAAACCUACUUUUAAGUAUCCCCCCCAAAUCUGCUGAUGUCUUAAAACAUCUUACCAGCAGAAAUAGAGGAAACUAGGUUGUAUAAAUUAAAAACUUCAAUACUUCCAGCUCUUGUAAUAGUUUAGAUUUAGGGGGUCUAUUAUUCACCCAACAGUAAAUUGUAAAAAAAAAAAAACCUGAAUCACAAAAUUUCAGCUAAAAUAAAAAUCGCUCCACUAUAGUCACUGCUUCUUUAUCUUAGUCUACGUUUCACUUUCUUUCAAUUCCAUGUAAUUAGAUUUUUAGUGAAUAAACCACAGUCUGUUUGUGUACACUUUUAAUAUUAAUACAAGAGUUUAAUGUCACCAACAUUCUUUGAUGGUGUUAAACAAAUAUAUGAAUCUAUGAAUGAUAUAAUGUUGUAAUAUUUUUAUAUAAUAUUAUAUAUAUAUGUUUUUAAUGUGUGUAUGUAUUACAAAAAGCCGAAAACAAACAAGCUGUCUUGUUUGGCUUGUUUUCCUGUGUUGAUGAAAUGUUUCAGUAUAAAACAUAAUCUAAUAUUCUGUAUACAGUGUGCACGUGUUUAAACCCAAGGAUGACCUAUUGUGAUGUGUAAUCUUUUCAAACCAACAACACUGCGAAUGGGAGUAUUGGAGUUUAUUGAAUUAACCCCAAAUUGUAGAAAACUGAAAUUUGAAUGUAAGAUUUUGGGCAAAAAUAAAAGAUUUGGAAGAAUUCUCAAACUUGUAUUCAAUUAUAGCCAAAGAUAUGUAGAAACACUGUAAACAUACAUUGUAAUUACUUAGGCAGUUAUUUUAAGGAUACAGUCACAUCAGCUGCGACUAUCGUAUAUAAAUGCAAUACAGCUUGUUGCAGUGAUGAUGGUACAAGACCUCUGUGGGUAUAGUCCUUCUUACUUUUGACAGCAAUAAUAGACUGCAAGAUCUCGCUCAGCCCAUCACUCGGUACCUAUCUCUGCGGUUCCGACAUGGAUGCAUUUGUACAGAUAACACAGAAGUUGAACUUUCAUCUAAUCACUCUAGCAGCAGAAUUGAUAGGCUCUGGCUGCCAAAGAUGCUCUGAUUAUGGUCAAACUAUCUGAAUUCACUAUGACAAAACCCAAAGCACAGGCCUUAUCCUUAUCCUUAACAAUAAUCUGUUGAAGUCAUGACGCCUGGAGUGUCAGUUUAAAUGUUGCAAAACAAUCUUCAUCUGCUGUUCUCUUCUAUAAUUCCAAUGGCUAAUCAGUGUGACAUUUCCUUUGUGCGUUGUUGUAUUCUAACGGUUCCAAAUGGGUUAAGACCUUUAGUAGAUCUCUGCCUUCCUGUGUCAGGCAUAGCUAUUUUUAUGAUGCUAUGAUCUUGCUUGGUAUAUUUGGGUUAGAUGCUCCCCCCUCCACUCCCUUCCUCUCUCCUGGGAUACCAGUUGAAGUCAGAAACCAUCUCGGCUUUCAAAAAAAUCUGAUCACUUGGCAGUCGAAGUAAAGUCAGUAGAUAUGUCCAUAUACAGUACGCCGUCAUGGAUAAAGCCGACUUACAAUUAAAUCCAAAUCCUAACCAGCUGCCUAACUAGCUCUUUUGGUUUUACAACAACUAGAUAGCUUUUAAUUCAUUUCACUCAUUAAUUUUGGCCACUGAUUGUUGUAACAGUAGGAAAACAAACAACUUGCAAGAACGUGGAGGUCCAGUCCACAGUUUGAGUACUACAGUUGAGCGUUUCAGAUCUAGAAGUAAAAAAAGGGCAGUCUUGAGAAGUUUCAAAGGGCAAGAAAGGAGCUCGGUUCUUGUUUGUGACAUUACUCGGGGACGACAGAAUGAUCUGGACUCUGCUCGAGUUUACUUUAAACCAUUUGUUCAUUUCCACUUUUUGUUGCCUGGUUAUAUCUACCCUGAUUGUAAAAUGUCUGGACCACAUUCGUACCAGGAUGAAACUAGACACAGCUCAGAAAGAAAGAGAACAAUCACUACAGCUCAUGGAGAAAAUCAGUUCAAAUUUUAAGAAGGAGGUAGGUUACAUGUGAGUGAUGUAUAUUUAUAUUUCUGUUAAGCUAAUACAAUGUAAAAACCCAGAUAUAUUUUGAGCGCUGUGCAGUCGAGGUUAUGUGAAUAGUGGUUUAAAAAAAGGAUAAACUGGGAAGAGAUAACUUUUUUUCUAUUCACAACUGUUGACUUCCCAAACUCACUUCAUGGACGGAGGUGAUCUACGAAGUUCACUUGGAAUUGUGAAGAAAUAAACAAAGGGAAUUUUUAGGCCAAAAUACAAGUUUUGGAACAAAAAAAAAAUAUAUAUAAAGAUACCCAAAUUUGAGCAUCUUUCAAGUUCUGCUACUUUUGUUUAAAAUUUGCAAAUGCUUCUUUACAGAAUAAUCCCACAUGCAUGUUGGGAGGGUGAAGAUCACAAAGGAAACAUCAGUAUGGAAAUAGGUGAUUUCGCCACAUAACACGGUUUCUCAGAGGUGGACUUGUGACCUUUACAAUAUUCAGAAUAUUCCAUAGAGCGGUGACUCCCAGCAGAAGGAAGUCCUAUGAGUUGUAGUUCUUGUUGGUAAAACAUGAAGGGCUGUGUAUUCACUCCCCUUCCUCCCCACACACACACUUUUUAGAUUGUUUUAUCAUACUUACAUUACCCAAUUAUUGUGCUUGAAAUAUAAAUCUCCUGGCAUUCAUAUUAUUAUUAUUAUUGCCAUUUAUAUAGCGCCAACAGAUUCCGUAGCAAUUUACAAUAUUAAUUCAUAUGGCCGCAUUAUUUCAUGCUCCUCACACUUUCAUUUGGAAUUGACAUAGAAUCCUGGAGAACAUAGCCAGAAAUAUCAACAUAUGACUUUAAAUUGUUGUUCUUGGGUCUGUCUACAGUGAUUGACCAAUUACAAUGUUUAUUUUAUGUAGUAUCUUCAGAAUAGACAUACCAGACGGGGAAUGUCAUACCAGACAAUGAGGUCUCUUAACCCCUUAAAACCGGAGGACGUACAAUUACGCCCUCUAAUAGGCGGCUCUAAACGCCGCCGGGCGUAAUUGUACGCCCUCCGGUUUUUGUUAACUUACCCGGUCGCCGGCGGUCCCACGCCGGCGAUCGCGGUGGGGGGGACUCCCAGGGAGCCCCCCGAUGCACAUCCGUCCUCGUUGAAGCCCCCCGGCCAUGUGAGAGUGGGGUCCUAGCGAGGACCCCACAAUGGCAUGGCCGGGGAUAGCUGGCUUCUGUAUUGCCGGCAGGGGGGCUGCCUGUAAUUACAGGUGGUCCCCCUGCUGGCUGAAAAUAAAAUAAAAAUAAGUUAAUGGUGUAAAAAAAAAUAAUUAUAUAUACUUAGAUCAUAUGUAUAUAUUAUAUAUAUAUGAUCUAAGUAUAUAUAUACACAUAUACAUACACACACAUACACCGUCUAGGUGUAUUUUACUACUAAUAUAUAUAUAAUUAUAUAUAUAUAUUAAUAUCAAAUUACACGUAGACUGAUACUGAUUAAAUAUAUAUAUAAUUAUUGUUAUAUAUAUAUUUAUAUAUAAUAUAAAAAAAAUAAAAAUGUAAAUACGUUAAAAAAUAAAAUUAAAAAAUAAUUAAAAAUAAAUAAUUAAAAAAUAUAUAGAUGUGUGUUAUUUCGUUCUAACUGUUUUGUGAAAUUAAUAUAUAUAUCAAAAUACACGUAGAACGAAAUAAUAUAUAUAUCUAUAUACAUAAAUAUAUACGUAUAUAUCACUAUAUAUAUACCUAUAUAUAAAUAAAAAUAUUUUUAAAAAAAAUUAUAUAGAUAUAUACAUAUAUAUACACAUACGUGUUAUAUAUAUAUAUAUAUAUAUAUAUAUAUAUAUAUAUAUAUAUAUAUAUACACACACACACACACACAUAUAUUAAUUCUACAUAUAUAUUUAUGUAAUAUUUUUACAUAAUUAGGUAUCUUAUUUAAUUACAAUUAGCAGGACCUGCCUGACAACCCAUGCCGAAAGUAAAGGGAAUUUAAUUUGCUAGCACUAUAUUUAACCCUAUAUCUUUCCAAGACACCAUAAAACCUGUACAUGGGGGGUACUGUUCUACUCGGGAGACUUCACUGAACACAAAUAUUAGUGUUUCAAAACAGUAAAAUGUAUUACAACGAUGAUAUCGCCAGUAAAAGUGAAGUUUUUUGCAUUUUUCAUGCACAAACAGCACUUACAUGGACGAUAUUAUUGCUGUGAUACUUUUUGCUGUUUUGAAACACAAAUAUUUGUGUUCAGCGAAGUCUCCCGAGUACAACAGUACCCUCAUGUACAGGUUUUAUGGUGUUUUCAAAAGUUACAGCGUCAAAUAUAAGGCUUGCGUUUCAUUUUUUUCACAUUAAAAUUCGCCAGAUUGGUUACGUUGCCUUUGAGACCCUAUGGUAGCUCAAGAAUGAAAAUUACCCCUAUGAUGGCAUACCAUUUGCAAUAGUAGACAACCCAAGGUAUUGCAAACAGGGUAUGUCCAGUCUUUUUUAGUAGCCACUUAGUCACAAACACUGGCCAAAAUUGGCAUUUUUUGCAUUUUUCACACAAAACAGAUACGAACGCUAACUUUGGCCAGUGUUUGUGACCAAAUGGCUACUAAAAAAGACUGGACAUACCCCAUUUGCAAUACCUUGGGUUGUCUACUAUUGCAAAUGGUAUGCCAUUAUGGGUCUAAAUUUCAUUCCCGGGCUACUAUACAGUCUCAAAGGCAACGUAACCAAUCUGGCAAAUUUCAAUUUCAAAUGUAACGUGCUAUAUUUGACCCUGUAACUUCCAAAAACGCCAUAAAACCUGUACCUAGGGGGUACUAUCUUACACGUGAGACUUUACUGAAUAUAAAUAUGUGUAUUUUAUUGCAGUAAAAGCAAACAGUAUUAUGACAUUGACCGUUAAAAUGUCAUGUAGAACUAAAAAAAUCCAAAAAAAACGUAUUUUCUCCCAUUUUUUUCAUAUUAAAUUAUGUUUCAUAGCUAAAUAUUUGAUAUUAAAUGAAAGCCCUGUUUCCCCUGAAUAAAAUGAUAUACAAUAAGGGUGGGUGCAUUUACUAUGAAAGAGGUGUAUUACGGUUGGACAGACAUGUAGCGCAAAUGCCAGGUUUUGUUUACAUUUUGUUUUGUUCACAAUAUGUACAUUUGGCUCCGUCCUUAAGGGGUUAAACAAUAGUCUGCAGUGUAUGGCUUGUCAUAAAAUAGAUAAAACAUACUGCAAACAUUACUUUCUUAAAUGUCUGGAGCCUGUGAUUUGUUCUUGCAAUGUUUUCAAGUUACGUACAAUCUAUGAAAUAAGCCAUCGACUAUUGAAAUGUAAGCUUUUUGGCAUAUAAGGCUGCUUCCAAUGAUCAGACUAUAACAAUGGCAUCUAGUCUGCUAUAGGUUACCAUCAGGCAGGUGUGUGUUAAAGGGACACUAUAAGUAUGCAGAGCACAUCAUCUCAUUGAAGUGGUCUGGGUGCAGGGUUAAGACUACCAGACUGCCACUAGAGGCGCUUCCUGCAUUCAUACAGAGUUUGACUCAAUGAAACGAUGCUGUGCAUGAGGAUGCCCACUGUCUUGAAAACCCCCCAUAGGAAAGCAUUGAUUCAAUGUGCGCUCAUUAGUAAAUUGUGCUGUUAGUGUGACAAUUUUUCAUCUACAUUUUGAUUCCCUUUCUACUUGCAAGUGUUUAUACAAUUAACAAUCCAUCUGAUUCCUAACGCACGGUGUAACUGGAUAAAGUAACGUUUAUAUUAUUAUUGCUACCUGAAUAUUGUAGAGCUAAUUGCGGGAUCCUCUCUACAUUCCCACAAAGAGUGGCUAUUGGGCUGCCUACUCUGUUUUACCACACUAGGUGUCGCUAGGGGGCAGUCUCUCUCGGUAUCAGCUCGGUGUUUGUAAGGGUUAUAAAUUAUUAUUUUUCUCUUGAGUUUUGUGUUCUGUUUCUGAAUGAUCUAGGUGACACUUAGAUUUUUUUUAAACCAAGAAUUAUUGUGAAAUUAACAGGGAUAUUUACAUGUUAUCAUAAAUAAGCAGAAUAAAAAAAAUAAUAAUGUAAGCAGCUUUUCCAGCUAAAUUAUCUUAAAAUGUGAAAUUCUCUAAUCUAAUACCAUUAAAUCCCAGAUUAUUGAAUAACCCUGGAAGUGUGAUAUGUAUAUAUUAUGGGGGCAUCAAUGAAUGUGGAGUGAUUACUUACCAGGUGCCCUUACCUGCUCCUCUCAAUACUCUCUGGUACACAAUGUAUCUGAUAUUGAUGGGAUAAUUGCCAGUGACUUUGCACAAUCACCUCCAGUGUCUGCAUGUGAGGCUGGACAGAAAGUGGAAGGGGAUCACUUCCCAUCGGCCCACUAACAGCCUCUCACACAGGAAAUGCCGUCAUGAGGAGCAGGGGAAUCUUUAUCUGAUACACACUGUAUAAUCACAGACAGCACUGAGUGAUGCACACUGUAUAGUCACGGACAGCACUGAGUGAUGCACACUGUAAAAUCACAGACAGCACUGAGUGAUGCACACUUUAUAAUCACAGACCGCACUGAGUGAUGCACACUGUAUAAUCACAGACAGCACUGAGUGAUGCACACUUUAUAAUCACAUACCGCACUGAGUGAUGCACACUGUAUAAUCACAGACAGCACUGAGUGAUUCACACUGUAUAAUCACAGACAGCACUGAGUGAUGCACACUUUAUAAUCACAUACCGCACUGAGUGAUGCACACGGUAUAAUCACAGACAGCACUGAGUGAUACACACCGUAUAAUGACAGAUAGCACUGAGUGAUGCACACUGUAUAAUCACAGACAGCACUGAGUGAUGCACACUGUAUAAUGACAGAUAGCACUGAGUGAUGCACACUGUAUAAUCACAGUCAGCACUGAGUGAUACACACUAUAUAAUGACAGACAGUGCUGAGUGAUGCACACUGUAUAAUCACAGGCAGCACUGAGUGAUGCACACUGUAUAAUCACAGACCGCACUGAGUGAUGCACACUGUAUAACCACAGACAGCACUGAAUGAUGCACACUGUAUUACGGCUCCUGCAGUCUAAUAUCAUCAAUCUGACUGGGCUACAGGAGACAUACGGAGGUGAGCACUUUACAAAUAAGCCUCCAAAUUCCAGCACUCACAGCCUAAACCUGAAAAUUAACCCUUUACCUUAAUCCUAUGUUUAACUCUAAAAUCUAAACACCUCCUGAACACCAAUUCUUAACUUAUCUGAGCAGGGGGCACCUUAAACCUUUGUGCCCACAUGCACCGGACAUGUAAAUCCAGCCAUGUCUACAUGCCUCUUCCCCUCCUCCGCACUCUGUGUCACUCCACCCCGCUGCCCUUAUGUUUGUGUCCCCUCCCCCCCUCCGAGCCCCUUUUGUGGGUCUUUUCCAAUUCCCCCCACCAUUCCUGUGUGGUGUAUUCCACUUUUCCUCCUGCUUACUUUCAUGUACCGUGCGGGAGGACCACUGGAGAGGGUCUUCCACUUAUAUAUCAUAUCUCAAAACAACAACACUGGAAAAGGGAAAGCAGGUGUCCUCUAGCUUAGUGAGACUGCCACGUCUGUUAAAACUAAUCGAAGAGGUUGAAAGCCUCCCUGUGUUUCUUCCCCUAAUUGUCAAAGUGUCUAAUUUUUGCAUUCAGCGUUAAUGAAUGGUUUAACCCCAAACUGUCAGCUCUACCCAUCUGCAUCCAUUGCAGACUAAGGCUUGAAUUAGGAAACCUUGGACUGGGACACUCUCAGCCUUUCAUUAGCUCCUGUUUCACAAAAUGUAGAGAGAAACGUACAUAUUUUUCCCACUCUACAUUGUUAAUGGGGAGCUACGAAUAGGCAACUGAUCAAUGGCUCCCAGUGCGAUGCGUUAAACCAUUAAAGGCAUCGUUUAACCCCAAAAGUUUUAAAUACUUUGCUGGUCAGCCGAGCUGAGCGGCACAGUAUUUAAAUCUUUUGGGGUUAGACGAAGUGUUAAUGGCUUGUUACAUCAGGGACCUCUUUGCACCAUAACAGCUUAAUUCCAAUUACGUUGUUAUGGUGCCCGCAGUGUCCCUUCAAACUCGCUUUUUUGCACGUGGUUGCUUUAAGGGGGCCUUCUUUAGAAUUCUAUGCUUACAGGCACUUGAGACAUCAAUCUGGCCCUGCCUGUGUCCAAGCAGAUGUUUACAAAAUAGUCACUCUUUAAAAAUGACACAAAACCGAGAGUCAAAAGGCUCACAGCAAAUCAGAAUGAAUGUAAUGCAACAGUGACACCGUCUGGUCAAGUUUGGAAUUGCACACAAGGAUGUGUAUAUGUAACAUUAUGUAACUGGAAUUAUGUAACAGACUGUGUUACUUAAUACGAAGUGUGAAUCAUUAUUAUAAUUACAUAUACCUAAUAGGAGUUAUCCAAAAUAUAUCUGUAAAAAGUGAAAUUGUGUAAUGGCACUCCCUAAAAAUCUUUUAUCUUUGAUUUUUGUACAGCCUGAUAGCUGAUGUAAAAGCUAGGUUGUGCUAUUUAAAAAAUAAAUCGUUAAUUCCUUUAGGUUUUCAUUGUAACAGUAUGUCUGAUAUGUCAUAAUGGCAGAACAAGAGGAUACUUUUCAAAUUAAAAAAAAGCCAGUGAUGUCGUACACUUGAGCUCACAGAUGAAUAAACUGAAAAGAAACGUACGUCCAUCAAGUUAAGACUUUCUCACAUUUUUUUUUUGUUGAUCCAAAAAAGGCAAAAAACCCAGUUUGACGUGCUUAUAAUUUUGCAAAAAACUUGUAAAAAAAUCCUUCCUGAUCCCAGAAUGGUACACAGAUCUCUCUUUGUAUCAAUAAGAUGUUACCCCAAAUAUUAAAUAUUAUAUCCCUGAAUAUUAUGUUUUUACAAGUAUUCAUCCAGUUGCUGUUUAAAUAUCUGUACAGACUCUGAUAAAAUCACCUCUUCAGGCAGAGAAUUCCACAUUCUAAUUGUUUUUACUGUAAAGAACCUUUUUCUUUGUUUAGACUAAAUCUCCUUUCUUCCGUUUACAAAUGGAUUUCCCGACCCUGGAAACCUCAUCCAAGCCUACUGCACUGGAAGUUUUGCAAUGUGCACCUUCUUGCGUAAAGCAUUUCUCAGAGAAUAAUAAUGUAGUCUGGAAUACGGAAUUUUAGGGAGGUGAAUGCUAUACUUACCUUGUCUGUCCAUAUCACUCCUGUAUAUGAUUUAAUAGCUUCUGUGCAAAGUAUGUUUUAUAUUGCAUGAUUGUGGGGCUUAGUGUUGGGGCCCCCCUAAUCUCAGGGCAGGAACAUGAAAUUAAUGUCUGCCUGAGAUUAGUCAGAGUUAUGCUCCAAAAAAGGAGCUGCCACCAAUCUUUCAUGUAGAGCUGAAAAAGAUUAAGAUCCCACAAAGUCCUAGGCAAGUUACCAGUUUGCACCCCUGACGCUCAAUACAAGAUCAUUUGUAGCUAUUUUAAAAUAUUUUUUUAUAAAAAAGAACAAGGGGGACCUUGUAAACACUACACACAACAAGAAAAAACAAGGUAAAAUACAUUAAGAUUAGAAUUAAGACUACUAGAUUUUAAUAAUAUUCAGGAAAUCCUAAAAUAUUUUGUUUAAAAAUCCAAUUUUGAUAAAUCUUUUAAAUGUCACUAGAAGUAUCUGCAUUCUCCACAUUUGCAGUAGUAAAUAUUCCCGGUUAUGUAUAAUUGAUUAAUCUAAUCUACACUGAGCUUCAGAUACCGACCUGCAGACAGCGUCUAGAACAGACAUGGUAACAGGGUGUAACUGGACAAUGCAGGGCUUAUUAAUAUCCUUUAAAAUAUGUUGGAAAAAUGCACGGCCAUUUAGGGUUUGGAGGUCUGCCAGGUAAUGCCAUCCCCGUUUCAAUGGAGCACGGAGGUUACUGGUGGGCGUUAUAUUUUGUUGAGAUGGGUUGGUCCACACUCUUAUAUUGCACGCAUCCCGAAAAGCUCCCCUAUUCUGGAUGUGAAAUUCUGCACCAUCACUAUGGUCUGGAAAUCACUGCGGGACAUCCUGCCAGACGUGGUGGCAAAUCAUUACAUUAUCUCCGCACUUUGCUGUGUGGUCGUCACGUUCCUUCUACUAAAAUGGAUGAAUCGGAGAAACUCAAAACACAAAAUUACACAUGCAAGAGUGCAGCGAAUGCAUGCCAUGAGUCUCAUGGAGAAUGCGGUAAUGCAGUACAAACAGCAGGUAUGUUCCAAUCCUGCAUGGGGUAUUGGUAAUUAUUUACCUACAACAGUCUUUAAAUACUAUAUAUAUAUAUAAAUCUAGCAUGCAAGAAACCACGCACUCACUCAUAUAUACUCACUCAUAUAUACCGUUUGAAGUGAGUUUAAAAAGGCAGUUUAAUCCAUAAGAAAUAUUCCGGUUUCCUUUCCACUUGUUAAAAAGCAGAUCUCAUAUUUCGGUUGGUAACAUGUGUAGUGAAUAUAAAACGGAAAAUUCAUCUUAAAAUAUCCAAACUGUGACUACAGCAGCAUCGGGAGAAUUUUUUCCAAAUAUGCCAUUUUUUGCUUAACUUUUCCAUUUUUAUUUCAAAUUUGCUCCAAUUCGGUGUUCCUCAGAAAAAAAAUAAAAAAUAAAAUAAAUAAAAAAAUCUGUUUUUGCUCACUCCUGUAACCUAAGCAAUUAAUGGGGUGAUCUGGUCAGGAAAGGUAAGUAUAACGAACACUUACCAAUGCACUUCUGUACUAGCAGUGACAUCUUAUAAUACAUCUCAGAACAUGCAUGUACUUAUACAUAGCUUCAUCACUAUGUUCGUCAUCAAUAAUCGCAUUCAUGUAAACAAUAUUGUGGGGUGGCCCUUGUAUUUUAUAACUUGAAUUCCUUGAAAGUCUGAUAUGUGAUAUAAAUCUUAAUAAAACCAGGAGAAAAAUAUUUGUUUGGAAAAAAGGGGGUAGUCCUUAGCUCAUGUUUAAUUAGCUAACAGGCUGUACAAAAAGCUCAGAAGUGAUACACCCUCUUUAUUUUCUGUGCAUGAGGAUAGUGCCAUAAUAUCAUUAUUGUUAUUAUUGGUUUUUUUGUUUUUGUUUUUUUUAAAUAAAAUAAUCCUUCUCCCCAACCAUAUUAUCAUGGAAUUUGACUGAUACAAAUAUUACUAGUGGGGAAAAAACAUUCCUUUUAGGGAAAGUGGUAAUAUAUAUCGCAAGGAGAGACGCAAGAAACAAAAUCCUCAUUUAAAUGUAUUAAAUCAAAUCUGAAUUCAAAUUAGGUUCUGGAUGAGGUCAGACAAUGUAGCAAUGCACCUUGGGGAUCAGAAAAUGGCAGUCUAUUUGUAUUGAUAAAGACCCGGUGGGUCGAUCAGUAAAAAGGUGAUUCCCAUGUGUUAAUGUCACUUGUUAUAUUGUUCCCAUAGCAGACUGAUGACUGCAAUAUUUCCAUCGUCAACGCCAUGCAUUUAUUUUAAUACGUGUGGGAAUGCAAGGAAAAUAGCUGAACAGCUGUCUAAACACAUUGCUGGAUCACGAGGACAAUGUGAAUACUUUAAUAAAUCCCGUUAUUAACCCCUUCUUGCUGGAUCACGAGGACAAUGUGAAUACUUUAAUAAAUCCCGUUAUUAACCCCUUCUGGGGCAGCAGCCAUUAUAUCCCCCCACCGGGACAGAUAUAAUUCAUAUCUGUGAUGAUUAAGUCAAGAAGAACCUAUUCCUGUCGUAGAUUACAUGAUGCAUAGACACUUUUAAGUGAUAUGAAGUAACUUGUCCUGUCCAUAGAGAAAAGGCUCCCUGAAUCUAUUACUAAUUUAAAGAGCCUAUGUUGUAUUAAAGCUGCAUUUUUCUACAGAGGGCAGAUUCAACAACUUUUUAGCAGUUUGGCUAGACUCAAUAUCUGUAUGUCACCCAGAUAGCUCCGUUGGUAAGUGCACCAAUUCAAAUCUGUAACUCCCGUUCAAAACACUAGGCUUGUAGAUUUGGUUCAACUUUAUCUAAAGUCAAUGCAUUGACUGGUUUAGAAAAGUUUGACAAAUGCUAUUAAGUUUUCAAAUUUGCUACUGGUUGUUGGUUUGUUGGACAGAGACUCAUGUUUCAAUUGUUGACAAUGACAAAACCGAGCGAUUUAGUAUAUGAUUGGAGUAUCGGCUGCACAGGUUACUCCUGGUUCCUGAAUACCUUGAUUCGCAACAUGAAUAUCUAGUUAGAGUGGUGAUUGAGACUCUAGAAGGUGAAGAUUUCCAUCACCAAACUUUACGGUUUUCCUCUCUUUUUCAGAAUGCUGACGUCGACCCUGCUCAUGUACUUUCACUGUCUCUGGCAGAGUUAGUGGAACAGCUUAGGAAAGGAUCACUAACUCCAGAAACCGCCCUUUACGUCUACAUAGAAAAGGUGAGAUGUAUGCUUUAUAUACCUGUAGGUUAUCAAAUAUUCAGGGUUACACCACAUAAAUAAAAUGAGGGGUCCUGUCUGGUGAAAUCCCCCUUUACUAAUAUCUGGGGUGCAGUUCUUCAUUAUCAUAUGGAGUGAAGAAGAUGAUCUGUGACCCAGACAGCACAGAUCUCCUUACCUUGGUCUGUCCAUUGAUUCUGCUCUAACAAAGUUAGAGGGUCCAGGUUAUCCAAUAUGACGGGACAACUGCAGCACCGGUGACCUCAUUGGCUAGUUUGAUCAGUAGAGGAGAUGUUCGAUGGUUGGGUAAAGCCACCAGCAAUUGUUCUAGCUGUUUAAAACUAUAAUUCAAUUGCCAUGAUACAUUGCUUUGCCAGGACAUUAUGGAAAUGUAAUUCCACAACUAAUACCUGUCCAGUGUACAAUAUCAAAGAAAUGAAAUAGUCCGACUACUAAUUCUCAGAGAUAAAAUAUGCAGGUAUACAUGAUAAUGACCAAUUGAUUGAAAAAGAACACCAAUUCUCAAUCACAUUUAAUGUCAGCUAGACACACAGUGCCAAAAAAAGAAAUUAAAUGUAAGAUUACACAGUGGUCUUUAUAUUUUUAUACAGGUUUAGAAGAUGUGGCAGACUUCUAAUUCAGCCCUUUUCCCAGUUUCGCAAUUUGACCUAAACUCUACCAUCACUAAUUUUUCACUUUUCCUAGUUUAGUGAGAAUUCUAGACAUUAGAUUAUAUAUAGAAGAAAUGCAUGUCCUUUUGUCUGAUUGCGUCUGUUUAUCUAUCCUCCUCUUAAAGGCUCUAGAAGUCAACAAAGAGCUGAACUGUUUGACAGAAUUCCUUCCUGAAUGCGAGGCUCAGCUCCAGGAAGUAAAGAAACAGUCGGAGAAAGGAUUGCUUUAUGGUGUUCCCAUAAGCCUGAAAGACCACGUUGGAUACAAGGUUGCAUCCAUUAAGUUUUCUUCCAUUUAUUUGUUGAGUUUUAUAUACAGGUAUUCAGCUAAAUAGUUUAGGAAUUUAGAAAGCCCAAUAAGGUCAUCUUUUUCAAGCACUUAUAAUGGAGACUCCAGAAAAAAAUCCCAGAAUACCUGGAUGUAGGAAAUGGCACAUUCAUAUCAAGAGGUUCAUGUCACACAAUUCCGCUUCAUGGCCCAUCAUUUCCCCAUCUGUACAUACUCCUUCUUUGUUUUGGCUUCCAAUGUAGUACCACCAUUAUCACUUACCAUACCUACUACUUUGAUUGGUCAAUGCCUAUGUAGAAAAGAGUUUGAAGACCUUGAAACAGAUUUCAGUGGAACUAUUGCACUUUGAUUCUGUUUUCCAAUACAGACCCUGAGUGCCUGGACCAUACUUCUGUUUUACCAUUUGAAUACUGGUAGCCAGCCCCAGGUCUGGAAGCACCGGGACCACUAUAUGAUUGGGGAUUCCUCCUUUAGUUUAAUUCUUGCAUUAAUGCUUAUGUAUUAAAGAGUGUGAUGAAAGUUCUUUAGAAUCUGAUCCUCUUCUAACAAACGGUACGUGCCAAGAAAUGUCAUAAACGUCUUGUAGAAAAAGUUGGUUAAGACUUGCGGAGUAAGCCUAUUUUCCUUGCUCCUGUAUUGUCUCAUCAUUUCCAAAAGCCAAAUUUUUUUUAUUUCAUAGUUUGCAACUGAAACAUAGCUCAGAUAAACCUUUACUUAAAAACUGUGGAAGCAUCAGGCUUGGGUGAGCUACUUCUUGUUUAGUGAUCGUACACUCCAGAAACUGAAGACUCUCUCUUCUCACAUCCAACUGGCCACCACCACUUUGCACAAACUCCUGAAAUGCUGUCCUUGAGUCUCCAUAGUUUGAUGGUCAGCCGGUCAUCUAACUACGCUGUCCCUUUGCUACCUCUCCUUAUCUUGUGUACCCAUCUAAAUAUUCUUCCCAAUAUUAAAAAAACAACCCAGUCUGAUAGCUCCUGAAUCAAAGGUUUUCUUUUCCCUUUGUUUAAUAUCGUAAUCUUGUUUACAAUAUAAUGACUUUUCUUUGUAUCAGUCUAGUCUGUUUCAAAGGGUUCUAAAUGUUCCCAUGUCUUAUACUCAGCAACUGCAGAAUUACUUGAUUUAAUAAUAGCAACUUUAUCAGUACUGAUUUAAUUGUCAAAGAGUUACACUAUAUACAAAAUGUUAAAUAAUGCGAUAACUUUUCCUAAUCCUCUGCACAUACUCACCUCCAGUCUAGUGCAGAUUAAAGGAACACUAUAGUCACCUAAAUUACUUUAGCUAAAUAAAGCAGUUUUAGUGUAUAGAUCAUUCCCCUGCAAUUUUACUGCUCAAUUCACUGUCAUUUAGGAGUUAAAUCACUUUGUUUCUGUUUAUGCAGCCCUAGCCACACCUCCCCUGGCUAUGAUUGAAAGAGCCUGCAUAAAAGAAAAAUGGUUUCACUUUCAAACAGAUGUAAUUUAUCUUAAAUAAUUGUAUCUCAAUCUCUAAAUUGAACUUUAAUCACAUACAGGAGGCUCUUGCAGGGUCUAGGAAGCUAUUAACAUAGCAGGGGAUAAGAAAAUCUUAAUUAAACAGAACUUUCAAUAAAGAAAGCCUAAAUAAGGCUCUCUUUACAGGAAGUGUUUAUGGAAGGCUGUGCAAGUCACAUGCAGGGAGGUGGGACUAGGGUUCAUAAACAAAGGGAUUUAACUCCUAAAUGGCAGAGGAUUGAGCAGUGAGGCUGCAGGGGCAUGUUCUAUACACCAAAACUGCUUCAUUAAGCUAAAGUUGUUCAGGUGACUAUAGUGUCCCUUUAAGGUUUUUUUUAUAUGCUCCUAAACUCACAAUGUUUUUUUGUCUCUCCAGGGUCAUAGCUCUCAUUGUGGGCUUGUGCAUUUUCUUGAGAUAUUGGAGAAGGAAGACAGUAAUAUUGUCAAGGUGUUAAAGAAACAGGGGGCUAUCCCUUUCGUAAAAACCAACAUUCCGCAGUCCAUGAUAAAGUAAUUAUCUGCUAGUACUAUUUAUUUUUUACUAUAUAAAAGUAUAAUUCCUCAUUGUCGGGGGUUACUUAUUUUAACAAAAUGAUGUCAACCAGCUUGUGGAUAGAAAUUAAAAUUACUCAAGUUAUAACUCUGAAACAAACUAGGUGUAAACAAAGAAAUGGUUUGUUGUUAAAAAAAAUAAAAAAAUAAAAAAUUGUCCCAUUAGUUAGUUAGUGGAAUUCCGAUAAGGAACACAAAGCAGUUGGCCCCCUUGUUAACCAACCUCAAGGCAUUUUUUGGAAAUAAUCACAGCUGUUGUUUAUCUAUUGUCCAUGCAACACCCACUAAAUCUCCACUAAAUCUAUCCUUGUUGGCCAUUAUUAGGCAGGGCUUUUAUGGCAAUUUUAACAAAAGAUUCAGCAACAGAUUGUUUAAUUAUAUUUUAAAGUGACUGAAAUAGAUGAAUUUCCAUAUUUUUUUCUUUCUUUUUUCAUAAUUUACUGUUUUUUUUUCACUUUAUAGAAAUAGUUCUUGAAAUUCAGCUUGUUAUAGAUUGCACGCAAAAUAGACACAAGCAGUGCUAUUCACUAACCCUUGAACUAGCAGGAAUCCACUAGGAAUUUGCAAAGAAAUUUCUGCAAAUUUCUGCAUUUUUUUUUCCUGACAAUUCACCGUUUAACCAAUCACCCCGCAUGGCAGAAAUUGUGUAAAAUGGACAAAGAAUCGGAAAUAUUAGGCCAAUGUGAAGUGAAAUAAGUCUCAAGCUGAGUAUUUUUUAUUUAUUUUGGAACUCCUUUGUGCAAUGAUGACAGUUCCAGUUUUAGGGCAUUACCCCUUGUAGUAAAGUAGAGCUAUAAAAUCAGUCAUCAGACUAUUGUGUUCUUGAAAAGAAAGCCGGAACAAACGUUUCCUUUUUGUUAUCUUAGUUUUGAUUGCAGUAACUCCAUCUAUGGACAGACUGUGAACCCGCACAAUCACAAGAAGACCUGCGGAGGGUCAAGCGGCGGGGAGGGAGCUCUGAUUGCAGCAGGAGGAGCCAUCCUUGGUGUUGGCAGUGAUGUGCUUGGCAGUAUUCGAAUCCCAUGCAGCUUCUGUGGAGUUUGUGGCCUGAAACCAAGUGGAAAUAGGCUGAGGUUUGUAAUCAUCUCUUAGGAAGACUUUUUUUUCUUAAAUAGUGUAAAAAUUAGCUUUAAAAGUACCUGUUUUAAUUUUAAUCUUUACUUUGAUCAGAUUUUCUUCUAUUCAUUUCCACCUUUGCUUUCUCCCUGCUUCCUGUAUUUCAGCCAGACUGUCCAUCAAUCACCAUGCUCCAGUCAUUCUCUUUGAGAAUCCUAAUGACACGCCCACAAUGCCUGUCCACCAAUGGCCAUGCUCCAGUGAUUCUCUGUGAGAAUCCGUAAUGACACGCCCACAAUGCCUGUCCACCAAUGGCCAUGCUCCAGUCAUUCUCUGUGAGAAUCCGUUAUGACACGCCCACAAUGACUGCCCACCAAUGGCCAUGCUCCAGUGAUUCUCUGUGAGAAUCCGUAAUGACACGCCCACAAUGCCUGUCCACCAAUGGCCAUGCUCCAGUGAUUCUCUGUGAGAAUCCGUAAUGAUAUGCCCACAAUGACUGCCCACCAAUGGCCAUGCUCCAGUGAUUCUCUGUGAGAAUCCGUAAUGACACACCCACAAUGACUGUCCACCUAUGGCCAUGCUCCAGUGAUUCGCUGUGAGAAUCCGUAAUGACACGCCCACAAUGACUGUCCACCAAUGGCCAUGCUCCAGUGAUUCUCUGUGAGAAUCAGUAAUGACACGCCCACAAUGUCUGUCCACCAAUGGCCAUGCUCCAGUGAUUCUCUGUGAGAAUCAGUAAUGACACGCCCACAAUGACUGUCCACCAAUGGCCAUACUCCUGUGUUUUUAAAGAAGCACCAGGGGCGCCACGUCAUUUCCUGUUCCAUGUGGUCCACAUCGAUCUGGCAUUCCCAUUCACACACCUUUUGGGGUUGCAGGUGUGAUGUGGGCCAAUCAAAUCACACCACCUAACACUAUAUACGUUUUUUUGGCCCCAUUUACUGUGCCCUAUUGUAGGUUCUGUUCCUUGUACCCGUUUAGUGUGUUCUUUGUUCCGAUCUGAUUUUUCUUGUAUUGACCCUGGCCAGUUCUUGACUCUGAUUACUACGUACCUGGACAGUUUAUAUGUCCAUCUUAUAUUGCAUUUUCCAGACUCUGGCUAGAUUUACGAUUACUCUGUCUGUUAUCCUGACCUAACCUUGUAUUUGACUACGAUUUCUCUCUUUUGUACGUUUAAGCCCGGCCACUCUAAAGUCUGGUAAUACAUCUGUUCUAUUUGGUCGGCUAUUGUUAUCCUAAACUCUACAUGGCCAGGAAUAUCCCUGUGUAUAACGGGUGUCUGAAAUAAUACCGUAUAUAGCACAUACAGUUAGGCUCCAUACGGGGAGCAGGUGUGGCCAGGUUUAGAAGUUUGAAGGACCAAGCAAUAUUGCACAUUUUUCACCUUCACCCUAUCUGUCAGCCUGGUAUAAAGGCAUCAAAAAGAUGUCUACCUCAUCCUGUCUUUGCUCACUUGGCAGUAUACAUCAUCAGUGACUACUAAUAUAGCCUGUGAACAUGCAGUUAACUGACCAUAGCAUAGUCACUGGAAGGAGCUGGAGAAUGAGUUUAAGCCCCAGGGACACCAAAAUCAUUAGACAACCAGGCAUUACAUUACAUUGCAGAUCCCUGCUCCUUCCCAUCAUAUAUAUAUGGAAAUGGUUGGCUAAAACAAGUGGUGAGGGUUUCGGAGUAUACGCAUCUGUGAGUAACAUUUACCACCUUGUUUCUCUACAUCCCUCUGCAGUAUUUAAUUAUUCAGCAAUGUCUUCUGGAUGUUUUAAUGGAAAAUGGAAGACUUUGUUCACAAUUACCCAAUUAAUGAGAAGCACGUUUUCAAAAAGGGUGAUGUUGUUCUGAUUAGGUUCUCUUGGGCAGAUCUGUGAAAUUUCUAAACAAAAUGAUCAGUACUAUAGGUCAUCCUGUCCAUUAAACACAUACACACAGUUAUGGGAUUAAGUCACGCAUUUUUCUUUUACAGCCCACAAGGAUUUUCUUCGCCAGUUAGCGGAAUGAAAUCAGGUUUGUCUUCUUUUUUAUUUAUUUCUUAUAUUUUUAUGCAUGUAAUUUUUUUUUUUUUUUUUACUGUGCAGUAACUACCUCUCCUUCCAACAAUGGUUCUAAUGGACACAAAAAAAGUGUAGGACAGAGGUGAGGUGGAAAUUUUCUUGCAUUACUGUCAGCUUUUUUAGCAUUUAAUAUAAAGACCCACAAAUGUCAUCAUUGUCAACAUAAGUAGUCAUUUCUCCAAAUGAACAUGUGAACAUUCAUUAAUACAAAAAAUAAAUCUAUGUAGCUUCCAAAAAGUUUUGGUGACUGGUAGGAUUAUUCAUUAAAUAGAGAUUCGGGAGAGACAAUUUGCAAAAUGUAGGCCAAGCCAGCUGAUCUGGAAAGUUCCCCUCCAUAGCUAAAUUUUCAUAUUGGCUGUUUUAUCCCAAAUUGUGCGGUUCAUUUGCCAAAACACCAUAAUUCACUACAAUGGGUUCCAUUUUCCCAUAUUUUGUUUUUUAAAUGUUGUCUUUUACAGUCACUGAUAAAAUAAUCUGACAAGCAUGUAACAUUAUUUAUCUUUGUUUAUGUAGCAAUCAUGAUGCCAGGACCCAUGGCACGGGAUGUGGAUAGUCUAGCUCUCUUUAUGAAAGCAGUCUUGUGUGAUGAUAUGUUCCAGUUGGACCCCCUUGUACCUCCACUUCCAUUCAAAGACGAGGUAUGAGCUCCCAGACUCACUAAAAUUUAUUUUUUCAAUGUCCUAAACAGACAUAUCCUCCAGUCUUGUAGAUUAAAAGAUUUUUUUUUGAGGCUGGGAAAAUUUUGCUCAGCCAGAGGAAACCCAUCACACUCGAUUAAAUGUUUUUCUGUGCUCACCUAAGAGCAGAAAUUGGCAAUAUUGUAAGAAUGAUAGAGUUAUCACCUACAGACACUACCUGCAAAAAGCAGUGGCAGGAGUUUAGCAAGUAACAGUUUGCUUGUAAAAAGUAGCUACAGGUGGGAAGGCACACCAGGACAGGUGUAUGAUUUAUGGUGUAACUGUAUCCAAAUUAUGAACAUACGUUGUUAUGUCUAUCCAGAGCCAGUAGGGUAUGUGUCUGGAGGUGACAUGGACUGUUGUGUAAGAGUUGGAGGCCAAAUUGGGCUGUUGUCUGUUUGUGGCGGGGGAAACUGGGCUGCAGCAUCUGUUGUAUCUAUAUUAAAAAAUAAAUACAUACACACACAUAUAUAUAUAUAUAUAUAGUUAAGAGACCUAAAUACACUGCUUAUGAACACAUUAACCCCUUAAGGACACAUGACAUGUGUGACAUGUCAUGAUUCUCUUUUAUUCCAGACGUUUGGUCCUUAAGGGGUUAAACGGACCUUUCCUCACCUUAUUUCUCCCUGCUGAGUUACAAAUUGCCUCACUUCAUUUUUCUAUUUCCUUCCCUGGUAUUUUGUCACCCACCUCUAAGUUAUCACCUGAUUGCUGGCCAGUGGUGAUGGGGUUGGUCAGUAACAGCAAGAGUUAAAGAAGGUUGUGCUGGGUUAUGAUGCUAACAUCAUCUCCACAAGCUCUCCUGUAACUCCUUCAGCUGCCACCGUGGGUACCGAACGAGAAGGGGAAAGAGCUAUUCUCCUUGUCACCCCACUACUCUGCUCUAACACCAACGAUAAGCAUCAUCAUCAAUGAAUGCCACCCUCUUCUGCUUGACAUGGCCUUGGAGGCCUUGUCAGAAAUCUUGAGUCUAGCUACAAAAUACCAUUCCCUGACAAUAUUUUUAUAUUUCUCUAUGAGAUUCUUUCUACUCACCAGGAGAGUAUUCUAUGUUUGUGUAUCUGGUUAGAUACCGAUACUAGUAAUUGCCAUUUUAGCAUAACGUUUACCCAGCGCUGUGCUUAGUAAAAUGAUUACAAAUAACAUCUAGACCCUAGGAAAUCAUUGAUGACUAGAGAAAUCUUAUUGUGUUAUUUUGGUAAAACAGUUAUAUUUUGUAUUGUUUUAGGUUUAUAACAGCUCAAAGCGUUUGACAAUUGGAUUUUAUGACACCGAUGGCUACUUCAUGUCAUCACCUGCCAUGAGAAGAGCAAUUCAGGAAACAAAAACUCUUCUGGAGGAAGCGGGUCAUAAGGUAUGUCCUCAAAUUUAUCUUCUGUCUCCUGUUCUCAACAUGGUUUAG